CUGUUGUUGUUGUUGUUGUUGUUGUUUAUGGGACCCCAGAUAGGACUGUACUUUUUGGAAGCAAUGACAGGAGAAGCGUUGCAAAGGGGAGGCAUGAAGGGCAAGAGGUUUUUCCCUUUGCAAGCGGAGAAUCCACCUACCUCUGCUCCUGAUUCGGGGGAGAAGGCCGGUCCCUGUCUGACAUCAUUUGUUUGGAGUGGCCGCAAAGCAAAGUGGAAAAGCAAUCUUCCCCGGGAAGGAAGGCAGGCAGGCAGAGGAGCAGCGGCAGCAAGAGGGAGACGGUCAGUCACUCCUGAGCCAGGUGGCCGGAGAAGGGCACCCCAGAGGGCAUCCAGCUGACCCUGCCACCCAGCCAUGCCGGACCACAUUGCCAACCCAGCUGCGGCCCUCCUGCUGGCGCUCUUCCUCCAGGCUCACCUGUCCAGGGAAGCACCGCUCCAAGGCUCCAAUUGGUCUUAUAUUGGUGAGGACGGCGGGGAGAAGGGCUGGCCCAAGCGGUUCCCCUUCUGCGGAGGGGCCUUCCAGUCCCCCAUCGACUUCCACAGCGACGUCCUCCAGUACGACUCCACCCUCUCGCCCAUUGAACUCCAGGGAUACAACGUCUCCAGUGGGGAGCAGUUCGUUCUGACCAACAACGGGCAUUCUGUGAAGAUGAGCCUGUCGCCCUCGAUGCUCAUCCGGAGCCUCCCUUCUCAGUACACGGCAGCUCAGCUCCAUUUCCAUUGGGGAAACCGGAAUAAACAAGAAGGCUCAGAGCACACCGUCGGGGGGAAGCACUUUGCCGCCGAACUCCACAUUGUGCAUUAUAACUCCGACCGAUAUCCCGAUUUGCAAGCAGCGAUGGAUAAAUCCGAUGGUCUGGCCGUCCUGGCUGUUUUGCUCGAGAUCGGCUCCUUCAAUCCUUCCUAUGAUAAGAUCUUCCAUCACAUCCAGAAUGUGAAAUACAAAGACCAGGAGACCUUCAUCCCCGGCUUCAAUGUCCAAGCUCUGCUUCCAGACCAGCUGGACGAGUAUUUCCGCUACGAAGGGUCGCUGACCACCCCGCCCUGCUUCCCAAGCGUCCUCUGGACCGUCUUCCGGAAGCCGGUCCAGGUCUCGGAGGAACAGCUCUUGGCCCUGGAAACGGCCCUGUUUUGCACGCAGCCGGACGACCCUUCGCCCCUCGAAAUGGUGAACAAUUUCCGGAAAAUACAAGAAUUCGACGAAAGGCUGGUUUCGGUCUCCUUCCGUCAAGGGUUUGUGGCCUCGGUAACCGCGGGAAGCCUCUGCGGCACCAUCGCCCUCUCCGCCAUCGCCGUUUGGCUCGUCCGGAGGAAAAGGAGCAAACAAACAAGGGAGGGCCAAGGGGUCGCCUACAAGCCGGCUGCCAGCAAAGAGGAAGAAGAUGCCUCCAAGGCCUAGGGGUUGUCCUGUUCACCCAACAGCCAACCUUCCUUGGUUUUGCCAAACGCCCGGGACUUCUUGCAAGAUAUUUCUAAUUUUGUGUGACCUUACCCAGCAGUUAUAGGAUCUUGAAGGACAGAUAUUAUCUCCAAUGCAUAUCCACAAAUGCCCCAUUACGUUGUUGGGCAGGAUCUCAGGUUGCGUUGGGUAUCAUUGAUGGUUGCGUUGGGUAUGAUUGACGGCGAGAUUUAGAUCUUGGUGAGAUGUAGGAUCUGCUCUUAAGGUUUCCCUGAAAUCCAGGUCUGGAGACUUCUUUCCAUGCCUAUCUAUCUACUGUAUAAAGAGCUUCUCUUUCCUAAUGAAUUGUGCCAAUUGCAUGCAAAUAAGGGGACGUUGCUUUAAAUAUUAGUAAAUAAUGGCAUGCAUUAGGUCUAGGAGACGUUGCCUUCAAUAUUAGGACUAAUUAUAGGACUAAUUAAUGGGUGGAAAGUGUUUUGUGUGUAAAAGAGAACGGCAGCUAGAAAUAAAGAUCGUACUGGAUGUCCUAUUACAUGGGUUGCACUAACCAAAAUAAUAAUAAUAAUAAAUGAUGAUGAUGUUCUUUUGCAAUUGCAAAGUUCCAGAUUAGACCUUUCGGCUUCUAGGUUUGCUCUAAAACCCAUCAAUUUGCCUUUAUUUACAUUUUUUUAUUCAGAAUCAUCUUAAAACAAGCCAAGGCUGGUUGAAGCAAUCUGGAAGUCAUGUUCUGGGCACUUUCCCAACUAAAACAGGUCAAACCAAAGAGUAAAUUUGCCCUGAAAUUACAACGAACUAACAUUAGCUUUGGGUUAAUAUUGUGGCGGAAACAGAAGUCGGGGCAGGACGGAACUGAGAUGCAAAACCCACUGUUCUACCCUGUUUCCCUGAAAAUAAGACAUCCCCAGAAAAUAAGACCUAGUAGAGGUUUUGCUGAAUUGUUAAAUAUAAGGCCUCCCCCGAAAGUAAGACCUAGUAAAGUUUUUGUUUGGAAGCAUGCAGAAUCGGUAAAUGUACAUACCAUAGAUUGUUGUACAUGGAAAUAAAGGUAGUAACAAGAAAUAAUAAUAAUAACAAUAACAAUAAUAAUAAUAAUAAUAAUAAUAAUAACUUUAUUCUUGUAUCCCACCUCCAUCUCCCAGAAGAGAUUCAGGGCAGCUUACACAGGGAAAGCCCAACAACAACAUAAAUUUACAUACAAACAGAAAUUUAAAACAGUAAUUUAAAAACAGUAUAGCAAUAAAAUGUAAUAUAGAAAUUCUUGAAAGGAUUCACAGUUUGGUUAUGCUGUUUUAUGAUGACAACUACUGUACAGUAGAUAAUACAUUUUCAUUUUUAAAAAUUCAACCAUAAAUGUGAAUUUGUCUUUGUGGAAAAAUAAGACAUCCCCUGAAAAUAAGACCUAGCGCAUCUUUGGGAGCAAAAAUUAAUAUAAGACACUGUCUUAUUUUCGGGGAAACAGGGUAUGUGGAAAACUGUUCGUAUAUUAAUAAAUAUAUUUAUGAUAA